GUACGAAAUUGUGCACGAAGGCGGUUGGAAUGGUUAUUCGCGGCUUGCUAGGAUCUUUGCGUGGAACAAACGCGCGCGCGACAUAAGGCGGUGUGUUGUGAAUGUGAGAAGCAGUGGGUUCUGUCCGUUCUGUCAGUACAACUGCAAGCUGUCACCCGAUGAAAGUCAGUUUAUUGUGAUUAUCGUACUGUCUUUCGCGGAACAUCCGCGAGUUGCGUGUGAAUUAUUGAUUUUUUACUCGACAGUGAAAGGGCUUCUGGAGCAGCAAGCGCAAUCAAUUAGACGAAUCAAGUUUGAUUUUUUAAAUGCGAAAUCCGUUCGGUUUAAGUGGGUGUGUGAAAUGAUUCGGAAGACGGCUCAGCACGUUAAUCGUCUAGUGAUUAAAUUCAUGGAAAGUAAGCAACGAAAAACACUGCUUGUGAAGAACUGAUAAAAGAAAUACGUGAAUCAUGUUCGAGUGAAUGCAAAUCCACUGUUAAUUGUUCUAAGUGUUCUUUUUUUCGAAUCGUAGUCCCAAUCUCGAAGUUAUUCUCAAAAGUGGUCGCGCCGGAGUGUCGAGUGUAUUUGGUAAAUGAUCACAUUGACCUCAAAAUCCCCGUUGGAUAAAGUGAAAGAGCGCCGCGAAGCUCGCAGUGUUUUAGUGAUUUUAUUGUCUCUUAUCUUUGGCUCGUGUGUCGACCACGGAAAAGAAUUCCCUUACGGACGACCGUUAGUUCUCGGUUGGAGGCAUUCGUUCCAAAAACAUCAGACCAGAAUUGGAUAUUUUCUUCAUCAAUUAACGGUGAUCGAAUGUAUACUGAAAUGUUGUUCCAGAUAAGUUCGAAAGAAGAUCGGGAAUCGAAUUUUAUAUGAAGUCUUGUUUACUGGAAUAUAAACUCUAAAACAGACAAAUUAACCAGUGAGCUUGUUGUAGUGCCAGACAUCGUUGAUGAUUUACAACCCAAAGUUAAGUGAUUGUCAUCUCGCGAAGUAGAAAACGGAUCGGUUAGAGAAGAAAAAAACGAAACCCCCUGUUUUGAGUGCGAUCUGGGUCGGCUGCUGCAAAGAACGUUUUUUGUAGCUUUCGGCUGUUUUCGGCCAUUCGAGCAUUCACACUCGCGGUACGUAGGUGUGAAUUAUCAUUUGUGGGACAUUCGCCGUUGCUGUUGAAGCUAGAAAUAUACUGUUAUUACUCGAUAGUAGAAAGAAAAAAAACACACAGAACAAUUGCGUCGGAGCCCUGUGCGGAGUGCGUCUCGGAAACCAACGUUUUUUUUUGUUAAACCGCAACCCCGUACAAAAAUAAAGGUGGAAGGAUGCUGGAUUCAAGGUGUGUCCGUGCGUGAUUUGAAUGAACGGCUAUGAGUGGAAACUUGUGGCAGUUUUUUUUAGUCGACCUAAGAUCGCUAAGAGUGUUUUGACGAGUGUGGUGCCUUUUACGAAUAACAAAAUUUAAAAGUUUUUAUAACCUCUAAACCAACCAACGAGGAAGUGUGCAACGAAAAGGAAGCCUGAUAAUUGUAUUAGCAGUUUCGGUGGAUUUUGCGAGCAGAGAAUCACAAAGCAAAUAACUUGACGGUGUGUUUUUUUUUCAACGGUAGCAUCAUGAGGUCCCUGAUUGCUAUUUGCCACCGGGCGGUGGCCACGCUAGCCACCGAUGAUGUCGAACUCCAGCAGAACGCUGCCGUCGGCUGGUGAGAAGCGUCCAGCCGACAAGCAGCCGAGUUUCAUCCAACGAUUCUACCUCUUCGGUCACAGCCCAAACAAUUCCGGUAGCAGUUCAGCGUCGAACUCCACUACGCCGGGAACGCCGGAUCGUUUACCGUCGUUGUCGUCGUCGUCUAUUAAGAAGCCAAAAAAGAAACCCACAGCCGAUGAGUCCGACUUGGACGAAUCUCAAAACUACAGCGUUCAACGUCUGAAACAGUUCUGGAACAAUCGACUGAGCUCAAGCGCGGCAACGAGUGAAAUCGCCUUGUCGAGAAAAUUGAAAAGCAUCACCUUGGGAUCAACCAGUUCAAUCAGAAAACCGUCGACACCGGAAUUUCUCAAAAGGAACGGUUCCACACGGGGUUCGGCUUCCCGUCGAAACAUCGUUCGGAACAGUUUGAUUCCACUGUACUCGAAUCCAACGCCGAAGAAAGUGGCCAGUCCAAAGCCUAGUCGAGUCCGGGAAAGCCCCAAAGAAACAACAGCUACGACGGCUGCCAGUGCUGCCCCCCAGAAACGUCCAUGCGUAGUCUUGAGUCCGACCAAAGAUCUGAAAAAAGAAAAACGAUCGUGCAUCGAACGGGUCGGUUACCAUGCUGGGUUUCCGUUGGUAACCGCAACGGUCAACGGUGGACAAAUCAACUGGGCUCGACGUGUCGAACUUCUUGGCAUUAAACCGCUGAACAGUUCAACGGAAGCAGAACUGCCGAAAAUGCCGAUCAAAGUCGAAAACUACGUGAACAACUUUAUCGAUGUGGACAUUCAGUCCGGACCUCCGGUCGAAGAAGUGCCCGUGAUUUCCAAUGAAAAGGUAGAGGUGACCCCUGUAAAACUGGAACCAAGAGAUUCGCUAGAUAGUAAGAAAAGCUCCAGUUCAGGUGACACGCUUUCGCUUGGACGACGGCAUGGAACUCCAACCCGGAAGGUCAGCUUUAGAACCACAACCUCACCGUUCAACCGCAAACUACUUCACCCGAGCGGAAACAAGGUAGCAGCCUUAACGAACAAGUUCAACAAACUGAUUCAGCAGGAUGCUGCCAUCUUGGAGGAGGUUCGUAAACGUGGAGGUUACCUGCAUAAGUCCGGUGGUCACGUUUACAAGGUAGUCGACGGUGAUGGAAACGGUAGUCUACGGAAAAAAUCCGUAGCCGCUGUCGCCACCAAAACCGACGACUGUUCGGAAGAAGUGGUGACGGUAACUGGGAAGGGAUCCUGCCGGAAGGUUGCUGCGGUAAAGAAACGUCCCAGUCUCCGGAAGAAUCUGUAUCGGAAACCGGAAUGGGAAGCGAACCGGGCUUCGUUGUGCGUAAAGGAAGCACUGGAAAUAUUCGAACCGAAUCAACAUCACCAACAGGCGACGGAACCGAAGACGAACCGAAAACCGCCAGCCGGUCAAGCCAAACCCAAAGUGCCGGAUAAAAGUGACCAGGUGAUUCAGAAAACCAAGGAACUCAAGUGCAAGAAAGCGAUCGUUCAAAUCGAUGCCAAAAGUUGUGAUAGUAGCGAGGAGGUAGCUUUAAGCGGGGUGCCAAAUAGUAUUAGUGAACAAAUCAAUAUUAGAAGUGAGAACAGAAAUGAAGAACUCACCAGCAAUACUCGAACGGUUGAGGAUAGUUGUGAAGAAUCAACAGUUGAAAACCAUGAACUGACUGAGGAAGUCCACGAAAAGACUCCGGAGUACUCUGUGGUUAGGAAGAAGGUUGAAUCAAUGACAACGGAACUGGAAGUCCCCGUAAAAGAAGACGAAGAAGAAACUGUAAAUAAGCCGAAAAUAGAGAAAAACAAAGAUAAGUUAGAUAGUAGUAGUAGCAUUAAACCUAGUAAAUUGGAGAAAAGUGCAAAACCUGGUUCAGCGAAGCAGAAAAGUGCGGUUCAGAAAAUCUACGAAAAGUUCACAUUCCGAUCGACGAAGAAGAUCAACCUGAACCCGGAGCGGACGGCGGCCAGUGAAUCUCAACUGAACACCGCGGUGGAGUCGGAGGAUAGAUUACUGUUCAUCCCGGACAACAAAUUGACCCGGAAGUCGUUCAUUUCGUCAAUCGAAAUUCCGACCAUUUAUAUCGAAGAAUCGCAGGAGAGCAGCUCCGAUCCCGCGGAUAAAAAGAUAGUCGACGCAAUCCGUUCGCUGAACCUGAAGAUCGACAAUCUGUCCCGAAGUUUCAGUGAUUUGACGAUUAAAGAUACGGACCAGGAGUGCGCGGUGGGGCCGACCGUCCAACCGAACAACUCCUUCCUGUUCCGGAGUAUGACUAAAAUCAGCACCGGAACGGAGACGGCCAUCAGUCAGAUGAACAUCGUGCAAGCGGUGAAUACAGUGCUGAUCAAUAAAUCCGUCUCGAUGGACGAUCAUCAUUUUCCCUGUCGCGAUAACCUGGAUCGGUUGAGCUUAGGUGAAAAAACGAAUCAAAUCGAAAACGACUACGAAGUUAUGGCGCGAGCAGAGUCUCCGAACAGGCUGACUACUGGUUCUGAGAUGAACAGCACUCUUAGCAUCGAUAUCAUGGAACUAACCUCCAAGAUCGAGUCCUUCGUGUACAAAGCGAAGCUCUCGGAGGACAUGUUUUCUGCUCGAAAGAAUCCACCUACCAUCGAAAAGACGGUAGAAGUGGACACGGCGAGCGUCAACAGUUACGAAUCAUUCGAGAACUAUGAAUCGAUCGACCGAUCGAACGACCCGUUACCUAAAGAGGAAGACGCGUACGAAAUCUGUAAUCCUCCGGAACCGCCACCUCCACGGAACGAAAGUAAACAGACACACGAGUUGACACUGCCACAACCGAAACGAAACCUAACCGGAUCUCCCAACUUCCUGUCAAAGCAUGAAUCCAUCUAUCAACCGAGCUACGAGAAGAUCAAGUACGACAAAUCACCACCACGUCCUCCGAAGUCAGAGGAAGUUCCACUGCCUCCGCGCAACAGUGUUCCAAUGGAUCUCAUCGUACGCGAGCCGUCGAUAUCUCCUACCUUGUCGGAGAUCGAACCCAUCUACGAGGAAAACAUCUACGACACGAUCCGUAGCUGUGACGGCGUAGAUUACGACGAUCCGAACGGAAGUGCCGAAACGGUGACCAAUCACCGGCCGAAAGCUAGUCUACCGGCGGAUGCCGUUUCGAUCGUGUCUUCCAAUUGUUACGAAUCGAUCGGUUCGAAGCUGACGAUGGAAUUCCUGAGGCACGGCAUCGUGACCCUGCCCCGGAUGGGUUCCAUUUCGACACUGGCCUCCGAUCAGAUCACCAACAGUCUGUACGGGUGUCAGCUGGAAGUGCAAAGCAUGACGCCACCUAGUGAGCGCGGAAGCGACACCAGCAACAGUGCCGAGUGGACGGACAUUUCCGACGAUGAGGAUGACGAGGGAAGCGACUCCAGGAGGAACAAUUUCAUUAUUGUCCGGAAGCGAAAUAAAAAUCACCAAACGCCGGUUUGGUCCCGAAAGGUUCGACACAAGUUGGCCUUCCAGCAGCAUCAGCAGCAGGAAUAUCAACAGCAACAAGAUCCGUUGAUGCCGGAUCAGCGCAAGCUAGAAGACGAUUCCGACCACGUUUACGAAUCGCUAGACUCUCGCGGUCAAUCCCGUAACAGUACCCCAUCGGUCGGAUCCGGUAGCUUCAACCAGCGUCACCGGCGUGCUCCACCGCCACCUCCUGCUGGAGAUUCGUUCGAACCGACCGGUAGCAGCUUUCACUCCGGUCGACAUCCGCUGCCAGAUGACAGUAACUUCCUCAGCAACGACGACGAGUUCGAUUCGUUCGACAGCGACAACGAUAGUGACGAAGAUCAUCACCGUAAAAACGACAGCGGAGUGGAUAUCAGCAAUGUCAAACUACCGGAACCACCGACAUCCAGCGGGCAAGUGUACGCGCUUAUGCAGAAGAUCAAAAGCUUGGGAACGCUGUCCAAGUCGGAAAUCACCAAGGGACUGAAUAAAUUGUCUAAGAAAAGAUCCAGUUCUUCCAAAGCAGCUAAAAUCUUCAUCGGUGAAGGUCUAACCUCACCAACCGGAACGGAUGAAUCGACUACGAACUACGAAAAUACACCACUGCCAAAAUUACCCAAAACGAAAUCGAAAUCUUUCAAACUGCCGCUACAGCUGGGAUCGAAACCAUCGGACGAUUACGAAAAUACCGAUUUUCACAGUCCGGUAUCACCAAACUCACCCUCACCGAACAGCUCGGCCCUCGCAUCUAGUCCCGGCUCCGAGCAAGCCGACAAAUCCAUCAUAGCCAGUAUUAGCAACAGCGACUCGAGCAAUGUCUCGACAUUUCGCAAAAAGUCCAAAAGUGGCAAAUCACUGCGCUCGAAACUGCGCAAAAGUCUUCAGUCGGACUCUAGUCUGAACAUUGGCAGUUCGUUCAACGGAUCUCGCAGUACGUUCUACGUGACGGAUUCGUUGGACGUGGACUCCGGUAUUUUCAACGGCAGCGAACCGAACAGUUCAUCGUCCAAUCUGAAUGUUUCAACGACGGGCGAGAAAGACCCAACGGUGGUGCUUUCACCUCCCAAAGUGAACCACAAAAAUCCGGAUUCGGAUCGACGCAAGUCGGCAAAUGGAAGUCCUGCUAGUCGACCGACCAACCCUCCUCCGCCACCACCGGCCAAUGCACCGGCUUCCGAUAGAAAGUAUCUCAAAAAUCGGAAGCUUGGUGCGACCUCGUGGUAUGCCGAAUGUGGUGUAUUCAAAUCCGAAAGUCUCAAACAGGCUUCGCUGGACUGUGAGCUCAAGAAUAAGGAGCGCAGCACAACGUCGUGGUACGCCGAAGUUGGCCUCUACCAGACGAGUGGGGCUUCGGUUGCCAGUUCCAGCGAAAGUUCGGGAGUUUCGACGGGUGGCGAAGGAGGUCCCGGGGAUGACCAUUCGCACAGUAUGUUCGUCAAUGAACCGCUGUAUCAGAUUUACAACGCCGCCAAGCUGGAAUCCCUGACCCGGGACAUCGACGCCGAAAUUGCCGGCACAACCGAACUGUACGACGAUGGGUACGAGAAGAUCUCGAAUCACAGCAAGGAUGGCGAACACGUCGUCGGUUUCGCCGAUGAAGAAAUUGGACUGCGGAAACUGCGACCGAGUGCGUUCGAACUGAUCGAACCGAACGUGGGCAAACUGCGGACACUGUGGUGUGAGAUACCGGAAGUGAUCAAUUCGCAGAUUUUGUUGACUCUCACAGCGAACGAGAAGCGCCUCCAGGAGGCCAAGUUCGAGAUUCUAACAUCGGAGGCGUCCUACCUGAAAUCGUUGAAUCUGCUCAAGUCCCACUUCAUCAACCAUCCGGCGUUUCGGGACGUGAAAAUACUGACCUCGUCCGAACGGAAAACCCUGUUCUCCAACAUCAUACCGGUCCAGGAGUGCUCCGAUCGAUUGCUGUGCGAUCUGGAGAAUUGCUGGCAAGACAACAUCAUGCUGCUCGGAUUGAGUCACAGCAUUUUCAAGCACGCCGAGAAGCACUUCCACGUGUACGUGAACUACUGCGAGCAUCAGGCCAAAAUCGAUCGAACCCUAAAGAAUCUGAAAGCCACGAAAAGUGAAUUCACCAAAACCUUGGUCGAACUGGAAUCCGAUCCGGUCUGCUGUGGGCUGAGUUUGUCCUCUUUCCUGAUGCUUCCCAUGCAAAGGAUAACCCGGAUGCGACUGCUGCUGGAUGCCGUCCUGCAACGGAUCAAGUGCGAUGACGACGAGUUCGAAAGCUGGGAGAAAACCUUCGUGUUGAUCAAUCGAAUCCUGACACAGUGCAACGACGCGGCCCAUCGGAGCGAACAGAUGCACGAAAUGGAGACGAUUUCGCGGAAUAUCGAGUUUCCGACCCACAUCAGACCGCUGGCAAUUGUACCGUGCGGUAUCGGUCCUCCCGGAAGCGUUAUGCGCAAGUUGGAGAAACGUGGCGAACUGGUGCACCUCCUCUGGCGGGGCGAUGAUGCCAAGUUGACCUUCGGUAAAAAGUUCAGCAAGUGUAACAUCUAUGCGUUCCUGUUCACCGAUUUGCUCGUGUUGACCAAAAAGAAAGGGGACGAAACAUAUCUAGUCACGGACUAUUGCCCCCGUGCCCUGCUAACGGUCAACUCCGGUGAUGUCGUUCCCCAACUGCCGACCAAAGAGAUGCAGGCAAUUGGCAAGCAUCUCAUCAUAAUGACUUUACUGGAAAAUCACGAAGGAAAGACUGCUGAAAUGAUCCUAAGCUGCCCCUCGGAAACGGAACGGGAACGUUGGCUGAAGGUUACCGAACCACUGGCAUCGGAGAAUCCGGAUGAAAAAAUCUACGAACAGUGGGACUGCCCCCAGGUGAUAGCCGUCCAUCCGUACGAAGCACUACAGCCGGAUGAGCUUGACCUGGACAUCAAAGACGUUGUCAACGUGCAUCGGAAGAUGGCUGACGGUUGGUACGAAGGAGAACGCAUUCGGGACGGGGCGGUCGGAUGGUUCCCCGGAAACUACACCAAGGAGAUUUUCUCCGCUCAUAUUCGGGCGAAGCAUAUCAAACAGCGGCACAUGCUACUGUCGUACACCUCCAAGUAUAUCGACACGACCACGAUGAAACUACAGCAUACAAAGAAAUGAUUAUGGAUUCCGCACCAUCUUGAUUGUAAAUAUUAAGCUUAUUUUGUUUGUUAGUGUUAGUUUGAAUGUCGUAUUGCAAUUAGUUGUACAUUGUUUCGGAACUAGCUUUUUUCCCCUGUCACGGAAAUUUGAAAACGGUUAAAUUAUUCUGCUACAAAAGUGGUAUGCUCGAGAAAUAGCAAUUCUAAAUGUAAAUUACCGGUUGUAAAAAGUUUGGUAAAUUUUUGAACGAAAGUAUUCAAUGUUAUCAUCUAAAAGUAUUAUGAAUAAAAGUCCUCAUUAUCCGUUA